AUGAUAAAUGAAAUUAGAGAGAAUCAGGCUAGACAGGACCAAGAAAGAGAAGAAAAGAAUAGGAAUGAUAUUCCUAUUGGAGGCUUACAACAACAACCUGAACUACAACCACGACAAGACCCACAGCAGGUCCCUGAAGUGGCUUUUGAAAGACCAAUUGCAGAGCAAGAAAGUCUACAAUAUUGGAUUUCCAGAUUCUGUAAGCAUCAACCGCCAUCAUUCAUGGGCAGAUUUGAUGUACAAGCAGCUGAGGAUUGGGUAAUGAAAUUGGAGAAGAUUUUCAGAGUUAUGGAGUGCUCUACUGAAAGAAAAGCUCAAAUGGCAAUAUAUAAGCUAGAAGGUGAUGCGGAUAGAUGGUGGAAAAACACCGAAUUGCUUUUGCAAGCUCGGAAUGUUCCACUUACCUGGGAAGUAUUUAAAGAGAAGUUUAAUGAGAAAUAUUUCCCUCAGUCAAUUAGGGAUGGUAAAGAAGCUGAGUUCCUGACACUAACACAAGCUGAAGAUGAAUCAUUUGAUGAUUAUCUAGCUAAGUUCAUCCGAUUGUCCCGGUAUUCCACACAACUACAAGAGCGAAAUAAUGAACGUUGGAGUACUGGGAAACUGAUUCGUGGAUUAAAGCCCAUGUUGAGAGAAAAGUUGGCUCCUAUGCAGCUAGCUCAUUUUGACACAGCAGUGGAGGUAUGCAGAAUCACUGAAAGUAACCUGCAACCUCAAAAUGUGAUCAAAGGUAUAGUAAGCCAGAAGCUUCUGAAGGACCAUCAAGGAAGAGAAGUAAUCCGACUCCUUGGGAUAGGAGAAAUGCAAAAAGAAUGA